AGAGAAGUAUAUGAUUUCGUCCGAGGUACUUAUCAUCGCCAGCCUUCCACUUCUCUUCUCUUGUGUACCUAGCCGUGUUCGGUUUCUAGCUACUAUCUGCAAAUAAUAUUGAUACUGGUGCCACUUCCUGCCCUUUACACCAUGAUAGCCCAUGAUGGAGUUGUCCACCAUCCUUUCGGUGGUGGGUCGUAUUAUUUCAAGCAGAACCUCAUGAGAUAUCUGGAUGACCAAUGCACUCGGCCGAGGAUCGUUGUCCACAUUGGGUCGCAGCCAAACAGCAGCCCGCACCUUGGCAAUAUGACCACCUUUGCCACAGGAUUCGCCCUCGCCGCUGCUCUGAAGACCAAGUUUCGGCGUGAGAUUAGGGCCAAGUUCGUCUAUGUGGAGAGCGCCCCGACUCCAGGAGAGGAGAUCGUGAUCGCCGGGGUCCGAUAUCAGAAGAGUCUCAAACACACCGGAGAUUUUGGAGCCAACCAAACGCCAUUCCGAAAGGUGCUGGACCAAUUGUCUAACCUUUCGGGUAUACCAUAUGACAUUGAGACGCAACAUAUCUGGCGCUCGAAUCCAGCGUUUUCCGUCAUCCUUCGGAACAUCGUGGCCCACCAUCAGAAGCUUGGCUCACAUCUGUCACCAGAAACAGGCAAGCUAGCUAUUCGUGCAUCAUGUCCGCGGGAAGGAUGCGGGAUAGCAGAUAAACACGGUGUAAACAAUCAAUAUCAUCAAGACGGGCGGGUCACGUUUGUGUGUCCUGAUCAUGGAGACCAUCACGUUGAUCUCACAUCCCCACAAGAUCUAGAACGGCUCGAGUUCAAUACCCCACUGCGCAAUCUCAUUCGGAUCCUCAUCUGCAGUCAAGAUUCAGACACGUCGUGGAUUAUGUGUACUGGAUCAGACUACGCCGGUUUUUACCAAGAACAACUGACAUGGCGGCUCCUAGAGCAUCCAGGAAAUGCCCCGAUAAUCUUCUAUGCCCCGCUGGUCCUCGAUUGGUCUGGAGUCAAGCUCUCGAAGAGCCUGUAUGUCAAGCAAGGUGCAUACAAGUACCUAUGCGAUGCAGGUCGUAGCUACAUGCUAGAUGCAGACACAUUUUUGAAGACUGAAGGUGGGCUAGAGGCGCUGUUUGGGGAGGUCCAGGAUUGGGUAGAGAAACCAUAUAUGCUCUUCAGGAGCUACACCAUUGAUUAUCUUGACAGGCAACUGAUAUCGCGGGGAAUGAAACUGCUUCCGGAGAAAGGGCUCUGCUUAGACCACUAGAUCAUGAAUCCAUUUUACUUCGUCCAGGAUGAUGCUCCUUGUAAUAGUUAAUGACGGUCCAUGAUUCAGCAUUUCCUGUUAGUGCGUUGGAUCUGACUUUGUAAAGAAUUCAGAUAUCUUCCUUGACCCGGGCGAACCGGACGCUUUCUUGGGUUCUUCUAAUUCAAGUUGCGUUUCCUUUUCCACAGGGCGCUCUUCGGGUGCCCUUGAGAUGAUAUGGUCCUGUCUGUCCAUUGGGCAGCUCUCUAGGAGGGCAACUGGAACCCAACAAUACUUUUGGGGGGCGCCCUUUAAAAACCCCUUUGAGAUGGCUAGUUUCAGGCUGAUUGGUUCCCUCAACUUCCACAGAUCAAGUAUUUCAUAGCCGUAUUUGGAGACCUUUCUGCCCGCAUUGAAGUCCUCAUUACCGAUCCCGCCGUCCUCGGGGACUUCGCCAGGAACUUUGCCGGGAGAGACGCGGGCGACAUGUUCGAUUCGCGACAUGGGGGCAGAUGUGUAGAACCAGAUGCGACGAACGCUCGAUGGGAGGAGGUAGCGACGGUAUUCGUGAUUCUUUGCGCCAGUCGCGAUAUUGUGCAUAUGUUCGGGCUUUAUGCUCAUGAAGAUGUCGGCCCGUCCGGUUCUAGGGGUUAAGGACUUUUCUUUGGCCAUUAUGAUUCAAUGGUUGAUAUGCAGGGAAGGUAAG